AUGACUUCAUUGGAAUUGUCAGAUAAUCGUCGUUUACCAACAAACACGACUAACAAAGGUUUCAAUCAUUAUAAAUUUAGUGAACAACUAAACGAUCGAAAUAAUUCCUCAUUAUUAUCAUCAACAAUACCAAAUAUUCAGAAUCAUGAUUUAUCACGUGCAUUGCGUAUUGAUGCCUAUUUAUUGGCUGUUUUUGUUCGUACAGAUGAUAAACAAAGUACAUUUUAUUCUGCUGAUAUUGUUACAAAAUUACGUCAAAAAGAACAAACACAGAGUUUUAUUAAUAAACCCUGUUCGUUAUUCAUAACGGAUCGAUAUUUAGUAAUUUAUGAUAAAUUAACCAAUACUAUUGCUGAAUCAAUUCAAUUAGAAGAUGUUGAUCCAACAUGUGUUCAUGCUGAAGUACCUGACACAUUAAAUGACAUAUUUAUGUUUCGACAAACAGAUGGAACAAAUAGUCCUCAGUCGACUGUUGUCGUUUUCAAAUGUAAUAACAAUGAAGCUAGAACUCUCGUUGAUAGUAUCAGAAAUGCGACUGGAAAACCACUUAAGAAUAAAGGUCGAGUGGGUCCACCAACGGUUGAGCGUCGUUUUACUGAUUAUAACGGAAGUGGUACUUUUAUAGAUCAUACCUUGUCAUCAACGAUAGAAAAACCACGUUAUCCACCAGCUUCAUAUACAGCUGACGUAUACGUGCAUGGAUCUCAAUAUAAGCCUUCUUCUAAUGAAGAAAAUGUUAUGUUAACAACAGCAAGAUCAUCUAAUACUUCAACUAUGGUUGCAGUCGAUUAUUAUAAACGUUUAACAGAAGAAUUAAAUAAAUGUUUUGAUGAUAUUGAAUUAUUUGUACGAUAUUUAGAAGCAUUAUUCGAAUAUACAAAAGAAUUAGACAGAGAUCGACGAAAAGAUAGAAAAACGAUAGCUGGUCUCAAACAAAUGAUUGAAAAGAUUCCAGAUGAUCGUUAUUUUAUUGAUAUAUUACAAAAAUUUAAACAUUCUAUUAAUUUAUUGGGUGAAUUAAAACAUGUCAUUCAUAAUCCAAAUGCACCGGAAUUAAUACAUUAUCUAUUAUCACCAUUACAAUUUAUUUUAUAUACGUUACGUAACAAACAUCCUAAGCAAUUACAAUUAGCCAGAGAUAUAUGGAGUCCACCAAUGAAUAAAGAAGCAAGAGAAUUACUAUUAAAUUGUUUAACAUCAAAGGAACAUGAAAUAUUAAGAAAUUUAGGACCAGCUUGGAUUAGAACAGCCGAAGAUAAUCUACAAAAAGUUGCCGAUUAUCGUCCAGUAUUUUUCGAAGGUCGAGCAGUAUGGGUUCAAGAUACACCAUUUGAUCAACCAUCUCAACAAUCUUCACGUAAUGAAAGAGGUCAUAAUCACAUAAUCCAACAUCCAUUUAAUUAUUUCGAUGAAAGACCAACAGCAUGGUCAACAAAUAUACCUAGUAGUCGAUCACAACCAAGUAUUUUAAUACGUCAACCAACAUUACCCAGCGAUGUCAAUCAGUCAAAUUUCAAUCGUGUAAAUCAUAAUAACGGCGCUUCGUCUCAAAAAUUAAUUCUUCAACAAAAUUCAUCGUACAUACGUCCAGAUGUUGACAAUAGUCAACUACUACCAUUUCCUCAACCGUUACCGUCACCGAAUUUAUCAAAUGUUAAUUCACUAUCUCAACAACAAUUACAAGGAA